AUGGGGGAAAGUGAAACAAAAGAAGAAAAACCUCUUAUUAUUCUCCUUUGGACAUGGCCCUUUCAGUACCAGUUCCCACUCAACCAAUGUCCUUAUCCCUUUGACACACCUGGUUGUUUCUACACAGUGGACCGCAAUUUAUACGCAGAAGCUGACGCUGUUGUUCUGCAUCACAAAAAUGUAUGUAGCUCUAAAGAACAAUUUCCCAAAAUGCAAAGACCCUCAAAACAAUAUUGGAUUUGGUUCAAUUUAGAGUCUCCAUCUCGCAGUCAAAAUUUGGAAUUUAUGGAUAACCUUGUCAACCUCACCAUGACUUACCGGGCAGACUCUGAUAUCUUCACUCCUUAUGGAUGGCUGGAGAAGCAUGAUUCACAUGAAAAUUUUACAAUUCCUUUAAAGACUAAACUUGUAGCUUGGGCAGUUAGUAACUGGAAUCCAAACUACCAGAGGACCAAAUACUAUAUGGAGCUUAAAAAAUACAUCCAAAUUGACAUAUAUGGUCGUGGCAAGAUGUUGCUCCCUAGGAAUAAUCACACAAUGAUUCUUUCUACAUACAAGUUCUACCUGGCUUUUGAAAACAGUAUCCAUAAAGACUAUAUCACUGAAAAACUAUGGUAUAAUUCACUCAGCUCAGGAAAUGUGCCAGUGGUAAUGGGACCUCCUCGUGCUAACUAUGAACGUUUUCUACCCCCAGAUUCAUUUAUACAUGUAGAUGAUUUUCACAGUCCUAAGGACCUGGCUUUUUAUCUUCUGAAGCUGGAUAAAGAUAAUCAAAGAUACCAGCAUUAUUUUAACUGGAGGCCCAGAUUCAAACCAGUAGGGAAGUUUGAUUUUCAAAUUCAAUACUGUAAAGUAUGUAAAGCACUGAAAGACGCUCCUGUUUAUAGAACUGUUCAAAGUAUUGAAACAUGGUUUAAUUAA